CUUAUAGAAGAAAGAGGAGGUUGUCCAAGCAAACAGCCAGCCAAUCAGACAAGCCGUAAGCCCGUCCGCCGUGUUUAUUUAACUGUUGUAAGCUGUUUUAUUGUCCCUUACCACUAGAACAAUGUCCGCCAUCUUAAAGCAGAGAGUCAGAUACGCUCCAUACCUCAAGAAGCUCAGAACCGCCGAGGAAUGUGUUCCGUUAUUCAAGGACGGCCAGUACUUGGGUUGGUCGGGGUUCACUGGUGUCGGUGCACCAAAGGUGAUUCCAACCGCCUUAGCCGACCACGUUGAGCAGAACAAGCUGAUGGGCAAGCUUGGUUUCAACUUGUUUGUUGGUGCUUCUGCCGGUCCAGAAGAGUCCAGAUGGGCCGAGUUGAACAUGAUCCACAGAAGAGCUCCGCAUCAGGUCGGUAAGCCGAUCUCCAAGGCGAUCAACGAUAACAGAACCCAGUUCUUCGAUAAACACUUGUCCAUGUUCCCACAGGAUUUGACUUAUGGGUACUACACCAGAUUCAAGAAGGACAACAACCUUCUUGACUACACCAUCAUUGAGGCCACCGCUAUCACCGAGGACGGUUCCAUUGUCCCAGGUCCAGCUGUCGGUGGUUCCCCAGAAAUGAUUUCCGUCUCGGAUAAGAUCAUCAUCGAGGUCAACACCGCUACCCCAUCCUUCGAGGGUCUCCACGACAUUGACAUGCCAAUCAACCCUCCACACAGACCUCCAUACCCUUACAUGACCGUUGACCAGAAGUCUGGCUUAACCGCCAUCCCAGUUGAUCCUUCCAAGGUUGUUGCUAUUGUCGAGUCCACCACUCCUGACAAGGUUCCAUCUCCAACUGCCCCAGAUGAGAUGUCGAAGAAGAUCGCAGGCCAUUUGAUCGAAUUCUUCGAGCAGGAAGUCAAGGCUGGUAGAUUGCCAGAAAACUUGCACCCACUACAAUCUGGUAUCGGUAACGUUGCCAACGCCAUCAUCGAAGGGUUGGAGCAAUCUUCGUUCAAGAACUUGACUGUCUGGACCGAGGUCAUGCAGGACUCCUUCUUGCCAUACUUCGAGAGCGGCAAGAUCGACUACGCCACCUCUACCUCGAUCAGAUUAUCUCAAGAAGGUUUCAAGAAGUUCUUUGACAACUGGGACUUGUUCUCACAGAAGGUGUGUUUGAGAUCCCAGGUUGUCUCCAACUCUCCGGAAAUCAUCAGAAGAUUGGGUGUCAUUGCCAUGAACACCCCUGUUGAGUUCGACAUCUACGGUCACGCCAACUCCACCAACGUCAACGGUUCCAGAAUGUUGAACGGUCUCGGUGGUUCUGCCGACUUCUUGCGUAACGCCAAGCUUUCAAUAAUGCACACCCCUGCCGCUCGUAAGACCAAGACAGACCCUACCGGUAUCUCCUGUGUCGUGCCAUUCGCCUCCCACGUCGACCAAACCGAGCACGACUUGGACGUCUUUGUCACUGACUACGGUCUUGCCGACUUGAGAGGCUUGGCUCCAAAGGAAAGAGUCCCAUUGAUCAUCAACAACUGUGCUCAUCCAGACUACAAGGACCAGUUGAACGAGUACUACGCCAGAGCCCUUUUCCACUGCACGAAGACCAAGUCCUUGCACGAACCACACUCUUUGAAAGAUGCGUUCAAGAUGCACAUCAACUUGCAAGAAAACGGUACCAUGAAGCUAGACAACUGGGACGUCAAGUUCUAAGCUUGGCCUGUCUCCCAGAAUCCCUGCUGUCUUCCUUCUUUCUAUUUAUUCUCUCUAACUCAUAUAUUUAUUUAUUUCUCUCUGUUUAUGACUCAUCUAAUCUCGAUAUAUAGAUCAUCCACAUACAUCCCGACAUCCUUCUGUUCUC